UCCUGGUGUACCGAGCGAGAGUGAAGUAUCACUGCAGCAAGCAAGCAAGAGUGCGCGAGUUUUCUGGGAACGUUUUUAGUCAUUCGCGGCGCGGCAUCGAGAGCUUAGUAGUGGUCGAGAAGUUAGUGCGGAGUGAGUGUUAUCGAACCAAAAGGGGUUGCUAGCAAAAUGGCGUCAAUACUGCGAAAAUCCGGCCUGGUUCUGGCCGAUUUGGCUGCCAAAUCAUCACCGAGGGUUUUGGGAAGUGCCAGCCAGAAGCGUCACCUGAAUGUGCAGGAGCAUGUGUCCUACACUUUCCUGAAUGAGGCUGGAAUUCCAACGCCCAAAUUCGGCGUGGCAAAUUCCGCUCAGGAUGCCGAGAAAAUCGCCAAGGGCCUCAACACCAAGAAUCUGGUCCUGAAGGCACAGGUGCUGGCCGGUGGCCGAGGAAAGGGCACCUUCAAGAAUGGCCUCAAGGGAGGCGUGCGAGUCGUUUUCUCGCCACAGGAAGCGCGGGAAAUCUCCGGCAAGAUGAUCAAGCAGCUGCUGGUGACGAAGCAAACCGGUGCUGCCGGACGUAUCUGCAACUCGGUCAUGGUGGCCGAACGUAAAUUCCCCCGCCGUGAGUUCUACUUCGCCGUCAUGAUGGAGCGUGCGUUUAACGGUCCUGUCCUGAUUGCUUCCUCUCAGGGUGGUGUAAACAUUGAAGAGGUGGCUGCCGAAAAUCCGGAUGCCAUCGUGUACGAACCCAUCGACAUCAAGAACGGUUUGCAGAAGGCCCAGGCUGUGGCGAUUGCCAAGAAAGUCGGUCUGGAAGAUCACGCCGAAGAAACAGCCAAAAUGCUACUAAACAUGUACGACCUGUUCGUCAAAAAGGAUGCCCUACUGAUCGAAAUCAAUCCCUAUGCCGAGGAUGCUGGUGAAACAUACUUUGCGCUGGACGCCAAGAUGCGGUUCGACGACAAUGCCGAAUUCCGCCAGAAGGACCUGUUCGCCAAGCGGGAUCUGUCCCAGGAGGACAGCAAGGAAGUCGAAGCGUCCAAGUUCGACCUGAACUACAUCGCCCUGGACGGUUCCAUCGGGUGUUUGGUGAACGGUGCCGGUUUGGCCAUGGCCACCAUGGACAUCAUCAAACUGCACGGUGGCGAUCCGGCCAACUUCCUGGACGUUGGUGGCGGUGCCAGCGUUAAGGCCGUCAAGGAAGCCUUCAGGAUCAUCACUUCGGACCCGAAGGUGCACGCCAUUUUGGUCAACAUUUUCGGCGGUAUUAUGCGGUGCGACGUCAUCGCCGAGGGUAUUAUUCAAGCUACCAAGGAGCUGAACAUCAAGAUGCCAAUCAUCGUGAGAUUACAGGGAACCAACGUGAACGAAGCUAAGGAACUGAUCAAAAAGUCCAAGCUGCGUAUCCUUCCCAAAGACGACCUGGACGAGGCCGCCAUGCUGUCCGUCCAUCUGGCACAGAUCGUCCACCUGGCCCGGGAGGCCCAUCUUGACGUGAGCUUUGAGCUGCCCGACAGUUACAUUCAGUAAUACACGAAAAAUAUUCUCCCUAGUGUUGUAGUCGAACAAGCAAACAAACAAGAAACCUAAUAGCGUAAUUUAUUUACAUACUACUAAAACUCUGGACGCUACCAUCGUUGUGGAUUAUUUCGUAUCCCAAAGUCAUUUGAUUCAACGAAUUAACCUAAAUUUUGCAGGAAUUAAUUUAAAAGUGCAAGACCUGUGUUCGAGGGUUCCGACCUGACCACAGCGUAGUUGAUAUCUCAAAUAUGUAGUUAGUUUUAUUCGUGCCUCGUAUGAUUAAUUUAUUUUUCAAGAGAAUCCUUAAACGUGUUACGUUUGUUUUCAGUUAACUAGUUAUUUAGUGAAGAAUUUCAUUUAUGAGGGUAAAAAAUGUUUCGGAAAUUUUACCGAUGUUCGGCAAACAUUUACCGAACUUUUAUACAUCUUUGUUUUCCUUCGCAAAAUCUUUGGGAGACUUUUGCCGAACUCAGGUAACUUUCUUACCGUAUUAUAAACGCAAAUUUUGGACACAUCACUUAUGUUUUUCCACUACCAGGAUAAUUUGAAAUCGGUUUCCGUCAGAGUAAUAUGCUGAAAUAAACUCGAUAGACUCAAUGUGUACUGCACCGCUGGAAGUACAGCCUAUUAUAUACCUAGUUGAAAUCGCACCUAACUAUUCUAUCGUCAGUGUUAUAUGGUAUACAACCAGCAAGAGAGAUAAGAACCUCCGACGUUUUAAUAAUCGACGAGCAAAUACAAAUUUCCUAAACAAUGAUUUACAAGGUGUUGCCACACAAUGCCAACUAAUGGAAUUAUCUGGUGCAAUGUUAUACCAAUGAAUCAAAAUUGACUGCAUACCUAUAUCCUUUCUCAUCAACGACUCGUUUAAAGACAAAAAUCCUAUCCCGACCCCUAACUUGGAAGGCGGUACACACGACACGAUCAUAUGGUGCGCGAUCCGAUCGAUCCAUCGCACAUUGGGCUCCCUAGCGACAUUGGAAGCUUAUUGCUGCGUAUAUACAUACAAUAAUGUGUUGUUUUUGAUAACUUAUUCAACUAAGCCACUGUGAGCAUUAAUCGAUAUCGUCAAGUUAGUGAAAUAAACGAACGUGGAAGAUUAAA